UCUCCAGCUGACACGUCAUCUCGCAAUCCGCAAUUGGAAGUACCAGUCGUGCGAUGGCGUUUGUAAAUGUUGAAUCCCUCUCGCGACCAUUCUUCGCACGCUCCAUCCGCGAUAUCUAUCGUAGCGAUUCAAAAAGUUUCCUCGCUUCGCUCUUUUGUACGAUGUCACGUUGCUUCGCGCCAUUUCACUGUAUGCUGCACUGGCACCUGCGCGCCCGCACCUGUACGCUGCUGCCGACGGUCACUACCGACACUACCGACACUACCGACACUAUCGUAAGCGAUCGUUGCCCGCGGUAAUAGUUGCGACAGUCAUUUAUUUAUCGACAAUCGCGUCAUUCGUCGCUUGUAUAUAUCGUCUUAUUUUAUCGCUUCCAUUUUGUCUUCUUCGGAUAUUAAACGCGACGCAUAAUUAGAUGCUCUUUCAACAUUUACAACGCUGCUGUGUAAUUAUUUACGAGACACGAGCAGACGAGAUUCAUAAUCGCAUCGAGAUUCAAAUUAUAACCUAUUAUCGAUCACAGAUAUAUAUUGCGUCAUGUUUUAUCGAGAAAGAGAGAAAGGCUUUGGCAGCACCAUCCAGCUUAGGAUGCGCCAUAUUUAUUCGAUUGGACAUUGGCGACAUCUAACGAAAAGAAACUUACAACAUUUGUCGUGGAAGAUAAUUUCCGAAAAUUUCCAUUUGCAGCACCUGCUGCCCGAAACAAGACAAAAGUUGUUCCUUCAUCCGUGCGACCUUAAUCGACUUCGCCAUGAGGACGAAAACGUCGCCCGUAUUGAUAUCGAUUCUCGCCUUCUUCCUGCCAUUUGUGCUUUGUCAAACGCCGAUGAAUUUCCUGGUUGUGAUAGAAGAAGCCGAUUCCUCUAUCUUGGGUAUAUUAAACGACGCAAUUCCAGAGGCAGAACGGAAUUUUGCUAACGAUAUGAUUACCGUUCACGUUUCCACCGUUACGGUAAAUCGCGAGAAUGUUGACGCAAGUUUCGAGAAAGUUUGUGCCGUUCUAUAUAAAGGAAUAAGUAUCAUAUUGGAUAUGACGUGGACCGGCUGGGACAAAUUACGAGUCGUCGCAGACGAAAGGGGAAUAAUAUACAAACGUGGCGACUGCAGUAUAAAUCCAUAUGUUCAAGCGAUCGAUGAUCUUUUGAUUAUGAAAAAUGCGACGGAUGUUGGUCUAAUCUUUGAAGAUGAAAGAGAACUAAAUCAGAGCCUUUAUUAUCUUAUUGGAAAUUCGAUAAUUAGAUUGGUAGUCAUCGAUGAAUUGACAGAAAGAACUGUGUCAAAAAUACAGAGUAUGCGGCCGUCACCAUCUUAUUAUGUCAUUUACGCUAGUACAUCCAAAAUGGAAGAAUUAUUUAAAACGGCUAUCGGGGGAGGGCUCGUUAGAAGAGAUGGUAUUUGGAAUUUAGUGUUUACAGACAAUAAUUAUCAAGACUUUCGAUAUAUUACCGGUGAUCUUCAAUUGAAUAUUUCAUUCACCAUUCUUACUAUGAGGACCGAUAUUUGUUGUCGCUUAAUGGGCGAAGCAUCUUGCAAUUGUCCCACAAACUUUAAGAUAUUCCCUUAUUAUUUCAAACGUUUGAUUGGCUUGAUCAUAAGUUUGAUGAGCGACGUUCAAAAGGCGGGCAUAAGUGUGACGCCAAAGACAGGUCAGUGCAAUAAGCCCAUCGAUCCUACUACAAUUUCGAAUAUUACUGCGGAAACAUUCAACAAGAUUUUAAUGACGAGAUUGGACAGUAAUGACACUUUUGAAUACUGGUCAGAGAAGGCGAUGAUUACUUACAAAGCAGAGAUCGAGUUACAAACGGUUAGUCGCGGCUCUGUGGAUGCGCUCGCGAUUUGGACGAGACGUACAAAAAUUAAAGAAGCAGACGGGAAGAAAAUAGAACCAGCCAGGCGAUUCUUCCGGAUUGGAACGGCACCGGCAGUCCCUUGGUCGGUUAUUAAAAAAGAUCCAGCGACGGGCCAAGAAAUGCGCAACGAAGGAAAGGAAGUCUGGGAAGGUUACUGUAUUGACUUUGUGAAAAAAUUAUCCGAAGAGAUGCAAUUUGAUUAUGAUCUCGUUAUCCCUGAAGAUCAAGAAUUUGGCAAGAAAUUGCCCAAUGGCGAAUGGAAUGGUGUAAUAGGCGAUCUGGCUAAAGGAGAAACUGAUAUUGCUGUGGCAGCAUUGACAAUGACGUCCGAACGGGAAGAGGUCAUUGAUUUUGUUGCUCCAUAUUUCGAACAGUCUGGUAUACUCAUUGUAAUGAGAAAGCCAGUUCGUAAAACGUCAUUAUUCAAGUUUAUGACGGUAUUGAGACUCGAAGUCUGGCUUAGCAUCGUGGGAGCUUUAACUUUAACCGGUAUUAUGAUUUGGAUACUGGAUAAAUAUUCGCCAUAUAGUGCGAGAAACAACAAACGACUCUACCCUUAUCCUUGUCGAGAAUUUACAUUGAAAGAAAGCUUUUGGUUCGCAUUGACAUCUUUUACACCACAGGGUGGUGGCGAAGCCCCAAAGGCGUUAUCGAGCAGAACUUUGGUUGCAGCCUAUUGGUUAUUCGUUGUACUGAUGCUUGCGACCUUUACUGCAAAUUUGGCCGCUUUUCUUACCGUAGAAAGAAUGCAGUCGCCUGUGCAAUCGUUGGAACAAUUGGCGAGACAAUCACGCAUCAAUUAUACCGUUUUAGCCAACUCUAGUGCCCAUCAAUAUUUUGUAAACAUGAAAAAUGCCGAGGAUAAGCUUUACACAGUAUGGAAAGAGAUUACAUUAAAUAGUACCAGCGAUCAAGUAGAAUAUCGUGUCUGGGAUUAUCCAAUAAAGGAACAGUAUGGUCACAUUCUGCAAGCCAUCACACAAGUCGGUCCGGUAAAGACAACCGAGGAAGGUUUCAGGAAGGUGAUAGAGAGUGAAAAUGCAGAGUUUGCCUUUAUUCAUGAUUCGUCUGAGAUAAAGUACGAAGUAACGAAGAAUUGUAACCUGACGGAAGUGGGCGAAGUAUUUGCCGAACAACCAUAUGCCAUUGCUGUGCAGCAAGGCAGUCAUUUGCAAGAAGAAAUAAGUAGAAAGAUUCUCGAUUUGCAGAAAGACAGGUAUUUUGAGAUGUUGGCAGCCAAGUACUGGAAUCAGACGUUGAAAACUCAGUGUCCGAAUUCCGAUGAGAACGAGGGAAUCACGUUAGAAAGUUUGGGAGGUGUAUUCAUUGCGACUUUGUUUGGUCUCGCUUUAGCAAUGAUUACGUUGGCCGGCGAGGUUCUUUAUUAUCGCAAGCGUAAUAUUUCUCAAAAAGGAAAACAAAACGAUAAAAGAACGAUUAAAAAGAAUACUGAAAACGACAAGAUUAUUAUGCAAAAAAUCGCAUCAAAGCUUCAAAUGAAGCCUGCGCCGACAGACGCAGUUUUCGGCAAACAACUAAGUCACACGCCGCGUGUUUCUCACAUUUCUGUUUACCCACGACAUUUUCCCUUUAAAGAAUAAGCUAUGCUUUUCGACGAUAAUUUAUCACAUCACAAACUGUAAAUCUAUUUAUAUCACGAAUUAGUCCAUGUGUGCUAUAUUUUUCAAAGACAACUCUCUCCCUCUUUCUCUCUCUCUCUCUCUCUCU